AUGUCUUGUCUUCUCUUGCGUGUUGCAGAUUCUUGUCUCAGCCCGCCAAAGGUCGCUUCUGACCUGCCCGCAGUCCCGACCGCAGACAUGCCCAGUCUUUUGAUACCCGCCGUUUGCGUUGUCGGCUCUGGGCUAUCUGGCUUGGCCACACUCAAGGAAUGCCUUUCAGAAGGAUUCGAGGCGGUCUGCUUUGAGGCUCGCCCCGAGAUUGGCGGGCAGUGGGCUCACCAGCCCGAUGUGUCGCCGUCUGAUCCCGCCGGGAGCGUGCAAUCCUCGAUUUACGAUGGCGUAGUGCUCAACUCGUGCCGUGACACUUCGGCACUGACCGACUUCCCCCUGGAUCCAUCAAGGUAUGGGGACUACUUUGGGCAUAGGCAGCAGCUGCAAUACAUGAACGAGUACGCGGAGCAUUACGGCUUGAGAAAACACAUUCGACUGAGCACGCGCGUGGUCGGUUUGGAACAGAGGGAAAACGGGUCAUGGACCGCAAGAGUCCAGGAGGGAGGUAGAGACGAUGUCAAGGAGUACACCUUCGACGCGGUGUUUGUCUGCGCCGGCCACCUCUCCAAGCCUUCUGUCCCGGAAUUCAGAGGGCGCGAUGCCUUCCGGGGCGACUUCAUGCACAGUCACUUCUACCGCCGCCCAGGCCCCUUUGAUCGCAAAAAGGUUGUUCUGGUUGGUUUCGGGAGUUCCGCGGUAGAUAUCGCCUGCGAGAUAGCACCAGGCGCCGAGGAGGUGCAUGUCGUUACCCGGCGAGGGGGCUGGGUCCUUCCGCGUUACGUGCUUGGCAAGCCAACUGAAGCAUUUGACAACCGUGCGACGCAGGUCUGGAUGCCGACAGGGGCAUCUCAGUGGCUGCAGACGAAGCUUCUACAGAUCGUCGAAGGGAAGGCGCCGGAGGUAAUGCAACCUUCACAUAAGAUCCUCGAGCAAAGCCCUACCAUUCGAGGCGACUUUACCGAGAAGGUGCGCACCCAAGUGAUCAAUGUCCACCGAGGCAGCGUGGAGCACCUGACCCAGGACGGCCUUGUCGUCUCGACCGAGCGAGGCGAAGAGGAGCUCAAGGCGGACGUGAUCAUCGCCUGCACUGGGUAUGACCAGUUCGACCACCCCUUCCUGCCCAAGGACCUCAUCCGGAGCCCAGAGACGCCUGAGAACCGCGUUGACCUGUACAAGCUCAUCGUCUCGCCCCGCUACGACAACCUCUUCAUGAUGGGGCUCGUCGAGCUGGUCGGGUCGGCCGCGCCCGCGUUCGAGGCACAGGCAAGGUGGGCGUGCGCAGUGGUCUCCCAAAGGAUCAGGCUCCCUUCCAAACCCCAGAUGCUGGAAGAGGUGCGCGGAUUCCAGGCCUGGCAGGAGAAACACUUCCUCGGCACAGAGCGCCACGCCCUGAUUGCGCACGGCGUGCAAUACAGUGACGACUUGCUCGAGCCGCUGGGGGCGGUGCCGUCAUUCGGAAAGUGUCUGGGCAGUGUCUUUACGAGCGGGCGUCCUUGGAGGGCGCUCAAGGUCUUGAAUGCUGUCUGGUUUGGGAUUCCCAGCGGUGCGCAGUGGAGGUUGUUUGGGUAUGGGGCGAAGAGGGAGCUGGCCGAAGAGACGUUGCUGAGGAUUGGCAGCGAAGGGAAGGCGUUGAGCAAGGGAGAAGUCGACCAGCUCGCUUCCAAGUCAUUUGUCAACAUGUCCGGUAACCAAGACUAG